AUGGGAUCCCAAACACAGUCUCAACUACCAGUUGUAAACUUCAUGAAUGAAAAUCUGAAACAAGGUGCACAUACAUGGGUUUCAACUUGUGAAGUAGUGCGUAGUGCACUUGAAGAUCAUGGUGGUUUCUUGGCACUCUACGAUAAGAUCAGUUUGGAGACAUACGACUUGAUUUACAAUGAAAUGAAGAGUUUUUUUGACCUCUCGGUUGAAACAAAACGUAGGAAAACCACUGAAAAACCUAUAUUCAGCUACUCCGGGCAACGACCUGGGAUUCCUUUAUAUGAAUCUACAGGUAUCAUCAAUCCACUUAGCUUUGAGGAUUGCCAAAAAUACACACAUGUUAUGUGGCCAAAAGGAAAUGAUAGCUUCUGUGAAAGUGUCAAUUCCUAUGCAAAGCAACUAGCGGAACUGGAUCAUAUUGUGAAGAAAAUGUUGUUUGAGAGCUAUGGAUUGGAGAAGAAGAAGUUUGAGUGUUUAGUUGAAUCAACUGAAUACGUGCUUCGAGGCUACAAAUACAGAAAACCCCAAGUGGGUGAAAGUAAUAUGGGAGUGCCUCCUCAUUCUGACACGACUUUCCUAACUAUACUGAAUCAGAAGGUAGAAGGCUUGGCAGUGAAGUUGAAAGAUGGGGAAUGGAUUGAGGUUGGUGCUUCACCUUCCUUGUAUUUGGUAAUGGGUGGCGAUGCAUUGAUGGUUUGGAGUAAUGACAGAAUAGCCGCUUGUGAACACAGAGUUUUCACAAACCCAAAGAUAGAAAGAUACUCGAUGGGACUACUUUCAUAUGCUACUAAGAUAAUGGAACCACAAGAGGAGCUAGUUGAUGCAGAACAUCCUCUACGUUAUAAGCCAUUUGACCACUACGGAUACCUUCGUUUCUUCCUCACUGAAGAAGCCAUAAAAUCUGAUUCCCGGAUAAAAGCAUAUUGUGGUAUCUGA